GCUCCACCAGUGGCCCGAGGCGCCGGUCUCCAGUCAACCUUCGCAGCCCCCCCUUCCUUUUUUGCUUGGCUCCCACCCUCCCCGGCCUCCUCGGGUCCUUUGGCUGGACGCUGAGGCGGGGGGAAGAGGCUGGGGUCGCCACGGUGGAGGUUGUCGCCGCCACCCCCCUGCGGGGGUGGCCGGGGUUCCCGGCUGGGGGGGCACCGUUCCGGGUGAGGCAUCCACCAUGGUGAGGCCCCUGAGCCGCUGCCCCCGCGCCCCCCCGGCCGCCGCUGCCUCCUGCCCCUCAGUGCUGCUGCUGCUCCUCUGCCUGCUGUUGCUCCUCCAUCUCCAGAUCGGAUCGCGGUGAGGGAAAGAUGAGCGAGGAGACGGCGACUUCUGACAACGAUAAUAGUUAUGCACGAGUGCGAGCUGUGGUGAUGACCCGGGAUGACUCAAGUGGUGGAUGGUUACCACUUGGAGGGAGUGGACUAAGCUGCGUCACUGUCUUCAAAGUCCCUCACCAGGAAGAGAAUGGCUGUGCUGACUUUUUUAUCCGUGGAGAGCGACUCAGGGACAAAAUGGUGGUUUUGGAAUGUAUGCUUAAAAAAGACCUUAUUUACAAUAAGGUCACUCCAACAUUUCACCACUGGAAGAUUGAUGACAAGAAAUUUGGCCUUACCUUUCAAAGUCCUGCUGAUGCUAGGGCUUUUGAUAGAGGCAUUCGGAGAGCUAUAGAGGAUAUUUCUCAAGGAUGCCCAUCAUUUAAAAAUGAAGCUGAAGGUACAGAAGACAAUUUACAAGCAGCUGAAGAAGAUACUUCCAGUUCUCUAGUGAAAGAUCAUCUUUUCCAUCAAGAUACCGUGGUUACCAGUGAGCCUUACAGAAGCUCAAGACCUUCUCCCUUUGAAGGUCUGAAUGCCAGAAGUGUCUACCUGCGAAGCCAAGCGAAUCAGAUAAUGUUCAGUCAUCCAGGCCUAGACAUUCAGGACAGAAGUAUAGAAUAUGGACAGCGGCAAAUGCCCAAGGAAUGUGGAGGCCUGAAGUCCCAAAAUAAGGUCCCUUUGAAAUCAAUUCGACAUGUCAGCUUUCAAGAUGAGGAUGAGAUUGUCAGAAUAAACCCUCGCGAUAUCUUAAUACGUCGCUAUGCAGACUAUAGACAUCCCGACAUGUGGAAAAAUGACCUGGAGAGAGAUGAUACUGACUCCAGUGUUCAGUUUUCUAAACCAGACAGUAAAAAAUCAGACUAUCUGUACUCUUGUGGGGAUGAAACUAAGUUAAGUUCACUCAAAGACUCUGUGGUAUUUAAGACACAGCCUUCCUCAUUAAAAUUUAAGAAGUCAAAACGAAGAAAAGAAGAUGGUGAACGUUCUCGCUGCGUAUACUGCCAGGAAAGGUUUAAUCAUGAAGAAAAUGGCAGGGGAAAAUGUCAGGAUGCUCCAGACCCUAUUAAGAGAUGCAUAUAUCAAGUUAGUUGCAUGCUCUGUGCAGAGAGCAUGUUGUAUCAUUGUAUGUCAGACUCAGAGGGAGAUUUCUCUGACCCCUGUUCAUGUGACACUAGCGAUGACAAGUUCUGCUUACGAUGGUUAGCCCUAGUAGCUUUGUCUUUCAUUGUACCAUGUAUGUGCUGCUACGUCCCUUUGAGAAUGUGCCAUCGUUGUGGUGAGGCGUGUGGGUGCUGUGGUGGGAAACAUAAAGCUGCUGGAUGAAAGCAUCCAGUGCCAAAAUGAGCUUAAAAUCUUUGUGUCCAGGAAUUAGCUAACUUGGAUUUGUGGAAGCUUUUGGCAAGCAUUAUGCAGUCUUGCCUGGUAUCCUUGGGGCCACACGUGGAGGAAGCAGAACUCAUCGGUUCUUGGCAUUUCACAAAUGCUCGCCAUGCCCUUUUCCCUGGAGUGCAUGGCAUGUUUUGUUACAGGUUGUCAAGAAUAUUUGCAAAAGGACACCAUUUCUGGUUAUUGGCAAUAUAAAGUGAACAUAAAAUAUGAUCCAACUAAAAGGGAUUAAAUUUUUUUGGCAUUUUUGUAUAUUUAUGCAUUAGGUGAUGGGACCUUUAAAGGUUUGAAUUCAUUAAGAUAUAAACUAAAAGUGCACUAGGGGACAGUUGGAUUUCAAUCUAAGAAAAGUUAACACUUGGGAAUUGUAAGAAGUAAAACAAGUGCAACUAAAUCAUUUAUUAGUUGUUUUUUGAAAGCAGUUUUAUGUAUAAAUAACAAAUGUUUAUAUUUAACUAAAUAAAAGGUACGAAUUAUUACAUAUAAAGCUUUUCUUCCCCUUCCUAGUUCUGAAGUAGAUGUACAUAUAUCUACUGUCACAUUCCAUAUAUUUUGAAUAUUUUACUCAUCUAGUUAAUAACGUUUUUAUUCCAUGUGAAUGAUUUUAUAUUUUCAUCGUCAUUUCCCUUUGGCUACAGUUUAUAUUGAGUUAUAUCUGUACAUUCUGGUAAUCUAAAAUCCUUAUAAAAUAUUCUAAUAGCCUUGAGUGACCAACUUUUUUUUUUUAAGCACAGAUGUAAUUGUCUAAUGUUAUGAUGGGAACAUAACACUUAUUUUUAUAUAAAAAGAGACUGAGUAAACAUUAUAGAAAAAGUGAGGUUUUGGGUUGUUUUGUUUUGUUUGUGGUAUUCAACCAGCAAGUUGUUUUCUUUCAGAAUUUCCUCCUUUCAAAAAAGUAUAUUGCAUUUACAGAUGUUUUACAAGGUUAAAAGUGCAACUGGAUAGUUAUAGUCAAACAGUUUCCUCCUGAGAUUUCCAGUUAUCAUUCUGCUAAUCCAGAAUAUGUUCAGCUGUGUUAAUAAUAUUUUAGCUUAAUCCUCAGUGCUUAUUAUCACAUAACAAUGAUAACUUUUCUCAUUUUUAUUUUAUAAACGGACCAGAAGCAAAAUUAUGCUAAAGAGUGUUUUAAACUACCCCAGAAAACUAUUUAAUCCAACAUCCUGAAUGAAAUAUCUUGUAUGUUUAAAUUUAUAUUCUCUUGUAGAGCAUUGUCCUACUGGAUGUUUUAUUUGCAAAGUAGUUGCAUAAAUGUUUCACCAAGUUGUUUGAAGUACUUUGGGGUCAAAUUGUCUUUUUUUUUAAGUGUUACAUUGAAACUCUAACCAAGUAAGGGGUUCCUAAAGAACAUUCCCUUAAAGGGAUAAAGUUGAGAAGUGUGCCUUUUUUUUAAUGGCUUGAAGUUUCAGAAAUGAUCAAAAUUAAAAUCACACUACUGUUUGAAGCUCAUUUUCUAUGCAGGUUUUAAAAUGUCAUUUACAUAAUCAUUCUUUUUACAUAUCACACUUAAAAGCUUAUGUUAGCUUUUUUCUUUUGCCCCAGAUCAAACUGAACAAUGUACAUAACACUAUCUGUCUGUAAAAUACUUUUUUUUAAGAAAGCAUUUAUAUUUAUAUGACAGCUUGAACUGACAACAUUGUGUAUAUAGAUCACCUUGAAGUAUUAUUUCACAUUGAAAAGAAGAAAAAUAUAUUGAUAACUAUAGAUGUUAUGAAGAAGAGGUUAUUUCUAGUUUUGUACUAAAAAUCAAUUGGUUGAACUAAGUCCAAAACAUGACACCGUAGCAGCAGUUUUAAGUCUUAUUUUUACUGUUUAUAUAUUUGGAUGCUGCUACACCAGAUGAUCUUCAUCCCUGAAGUUUUCAGCUAAACUUGGUUUCCUAGAAUAGACUGUUAACUUUCAAAAUUACUUUUUAUUGAUAAAAUGGAAAUACUGGUUUUCCUUGUGACUGAAUUUUCAUAUUUGUAAGUGCUGAGGUUAUAAUUCAGGUUUGAGCAGGUGUGAAUAACUGAAGAAAAUAACUUGCUGGCUACAUAGGAAAAUGCUGUGGAAAUGAACUGUGUAUAUACUUCUGGGAAGAACAAAUUUAAUCAUUUCUUCUGUUGAGCACUAAUCAGUAUAGUGCAACUCCUGGUUCUGUACUGUAUUUUAUAUGCAACAUAUAUGCUUUAAUAUUUUAAUGUUUGUGCAUUAAUAUUUUCAGUGUGUUUAACCACUUUGCUGCUAAGAUCUUUCCGUCCCAUACCCAAUUUUUCCUUUACAAUUUUUAAACAAGUUUCUUCAUUAAAAACUAUGGUGAUGAAA